UGAAGAUUUAGCGUUAAGAGAAUCGGUUGAAUUAAAGACAAGGAAAGUUCAAUUAGAUAUAAAAUUGAGAGAGGAAGAAUUGAAGGAUAAAGACAAGAAGGAUGAAAUAAGGAAUAAGAUUAAAGAGAUUGAGUUGGGAAAUAAAAUAGAAGCAAAAAAAUUAGAGGAAGUUGAAUUGAAGAAAAAAUUGAAGAAAGGAAAAGGAAAUAUGGAAGGAUUGAAAAAUCAGUUGUUUGAACUAAAACAAGAAAUUUUUGAAUUGAAUAUGGAGUUGAGAGGAAUGGAGGUGAAGAGUAAAUUGAAGGAAAUUGUAUCGAAGAUAGAGGAUUUGGAAAAAGAGGUGACAGAUGAUUUAAUGAAACUAAGCUUGGAACAAGAAGCCUUGGAAUUAGAAUUGUUAAGUAAUUUAUUCAAACUAAGAAUUGAGAGAGAAGAGUUGAAAAAUGAACUGGAACAAACUGAACUAAAAAACAAUCUUAGUAAGGUUAGCCGGAGAAUUGGAGAAUUACAAUUUCAAAAUAACAGGUACAAUUAG